AUGUUUAAACUUUUCUUCACAGACGCAUCUCAAUUUGUCAAGGUUGGCUGUUUUAAGGACAAGAGGAGUCCAAGAGCUAGAGCUCUUCCAGAACUAAUAGCAAAUUAUCGAGGAAAUAUUGAUUGGAACAACACGAUGGAAGUGGUCGACAAAUGUGCUAAGAGAGCGAAAGAAAAGAAUUAUAUGUAUUUUGGGUAGGUAAACUAAAUAGACAAACGACUCUAUUGAAGACUUUAAUUAACAGAGUUGUUUUAAUAGCCGACAGAGUCAAUAAAUUUUUUUGAAUAUUUAUGGAGCUUUCUAAGGAUAUUUUCCAUUGGGAGAAUUAGUAAAUGUCUUGUUUUUCUGAACGUAAAUAUAUCACCGCGUGACCUGUAAAAUUAAUAACAAAAAAAUUGUACCUGCCAAUUUUAUUUUUGAUUCUUUCCUUUAGUAUUCAGUUUUAUGGAGAAUGCUGGAGUGGUGCUACUGCCCCAUUAACGUAUGACCGCUACGGUGGGUCUCUACAUUGCACCUCUGAAGUCGGCGGCAUGCACGCUAAUCUAGUUUACAGAUUUGUAGGAGAAGGUCGGUGGGGCUGUCUGUUUAUAAUUUUUUUUUACUUUUAUGUGAGUCUCCUUUCGUCAUCGAACCCGUGAUUGGUGGCGGUGAUUCAAAUUUGCCUUCUCUGUUUCCAUAUGUUAUGAUUAUCUUUACCUUGCCUUCCAACCGAUUAUACAUACAUGUAUAGAUUGGUAUGAAGAAAUUGCCGCAAAGCAUCGAUAUACUAAAUGCAGUUUCACAGGUUAACUGCUAACGGAAGAAGGUUCAGUCGGAGAGAGAAAACGGGGAGUCCGGCAAAUAUUUUGAAACGCUUAGUAAAGAAAUUCACAUAAACAUGAAUGGCAAAAUGAAACGAAUUUUUGGCGAGGAUUCAUACGAAUCUGAAAGCGAAAACUCGUGGCAAAAGAAUUAGUUGACUUUAUAUUUACCUAAGGUGCCUUUUUCUGAACACAUAAAUAAUUCGAAUCUGGCUUAAUCUUUCAAGAUAACUAAUGUUUUUUUAAUCGUCAUUAUUAUUUUUUAUUAUAAUACCACGGCAUUAAACCUUCGAUCUUGCCACAGAAAGCGAAUGCCUCCAAUAUUUGCAACUUAGCACAAGGGAUCGCUCCGUCGAGUCCGAUCCUCCUGAGGGAUUGGCAGCCAUUUGUGACAAUAGCCUCUCCCCACGAUGGUAUCGCUUCUUGCGUCCCGCUGGAGACAAAAUGGCUUCUAAAUGUGUUCCAACCCAAAAGUGCGGAACAGCAGUCACUGGUUGGUUAAGCUCCCCUCAUCCUGAAGUAAGUGACGGAAUUGUAAAUGGAAAAGUUUGCUUUCACUGGCUCAAUGAAUGCUGUUUCCGUGAUCAAGUCAUCAAGGUGCGAAACUGCGGCAGGUUUUUUGUGUAUAAGCUGAACAAGCCGGAAGGUUGUCCGAUGCGUUUUUGCGGGAGUAAUGUU